CACCACUAACGCACUCUGUUUGGUAUUUGCUCACGAAUUUUGCACGACCUCAACGACGAUUUAUGGUUCCCGCAAAAGCUGGUGUAUUCAUCCAGGAUGCCUGCUAUCAGCACCAGUAUAUCCGGUCCAAAGAUACCUCUCUAAUUGUUGAACGCCCCGAACGGCUACGUGCCGUUAAGUUGGGUGUGGCCGCUGCCGUUUCGCGGAUACCUUCAGAUGUUGACGCCGACGGAGAUCCAGAUGAUCUCGCAGCAGCACUCAGCCGCUUGGACAUCGCCAAAGAAGCGGGAACAGAUAAGAUGGAGAUCGUUCGAAGUACAGCGUCUGUUGAUAUUCUGCAACAUCCUGCAGUCAAAUUUAUUCACGGAGAUUUGGACGGGGACGUUUACAUACCGAAGAUAAAGUCAUGGGCUGAUGAGAGUCGGGACAAGAUUGCAAAAGGAGAGAGCGAGAUACCUGAAGGAUAUUCUCAGGGUGACCUCUACUUAUGCCCUGAAUCUAUUGUUGCAAUCCAGGGAGCUAUAGGAACCGUAUGCGAGGCCGUCGACAUGGUUGUUGCCUCGUCCAAGAAGAAAGAUGAGCGCAGCGGCGUCACUCGCGCGUUUGUUGCCAUCCGGCCACCUGGCCACCAUUGUGGUGAAGAUACCCCGGAAGGCUUUUGUUUCGUGAACAAUGUGGCUAUUGCAGCUGCCCAUGCCCAUCUUCAGCACGGGAUCAACAGGGUUGUGAUAUUCGAUAUUGAUCUGCACCACGGCAACGGUACCCAAUCCAUUGUUUGGCAAAUCAACGAGGAAUCCUAUCGUAAAACCCUCGAGUCUGAAGGCGGUGCUCCCGAUAUCAAACCAGGCCCUCGAAUUUACUACGGCUCUAUACACGAUAUUCUAUCCUAUCCUUGCGAGGACGGCAAGCCGCAACUCGUCCAGGCUGCGUCUGUUUCUAUACAUGGAGCCCAUGGACAGUACAUCGAGAACAUCCAUCUCCAGACCUACGAAUCCCGAGAGCAUUUCUUUGAUGUGCUGUACCCCCAGCGGUACGCUGGGAUUCUGCAGAAGGCAGAACAGUUUCUAGAUGAAACAGGCGGACCCGGAAACGACGUUUUGUUCUUUAUCAGCUGUGGUAUGGAUGCGUGCGAACACGAGUAUGAGUCCAUGUCCCGACAUAACCGUAAAGUCCCCACGUCGUUCUACCACCGGUUCGCGCAAGACGCGUGUAGUCUGAGCGAGCGAUAUGCGGGUGGGCGUAUUAUCAGUGUCUUGGAGGGCGGAUAUAGUGGCCGAGCGUUGACGAGCGCGACGUUCGCUCAUCUUAUGGGCCUGGCUGAUUUACCACCAGGAACGGUCCAAGAAGAUUGGUGGGGUCUGGACAAUCUCAUCCUGCUGGAAAAGGUCGCUAAGAAACGGCGAGGAGCGCCAGGUCCCGUCGAGCCAUGGGUAGAUAAAGCUGCGGAAGUGUUUACAUCGCUGGAGAGCGGGAUGGUGAAAGUGUCAGGAGUGACACCUCCCAUGGCAAUGACCUUGAGGGAGCGAAAGAAAGCGGGAGGUAGUGUUUCACCGAAGGGCGGUGUUUCUCCAGCGAUGAAGGAGAAAUCUCCUGUAAGGAAAGGCAGGGCAUCACUACCAGUGGCAGACAGUGAGGGCGAUUCAUCUUAUGGGGUCGAGCUGACGAAGAAACUACCGAGGGUGAUACUGAAGCUUGGACCAAAUCCAUCAGUCGAUACCUGACAACUAGAUCUUCCGUUAUGGCCUUCGACAUAUGUGACUGCAAUAUAGGGAUGUUCGGUCCUGGGUUGCGUCACCACGCAAGUUCGAUCCCCAGUCAAACCAAUGGGAGGUUUAGUGGGUAUUACAAAUGUUGAGUCCCACACUGUUCGGCAGAGGUGCCGUUCGUGCGUAAAAUGCAUUCCGUUCCCUGGGUUUAAAUUCUUGGAGACCCCUUUGGCUGCAUGCCGGAGGCGACUGUGUCGCUAAAUGGCCUCUGCUAUAGCCCCCACCAAAAAAAAAAUGUAUACUAAAACUGUUGUAUACCAGAAGCCAGAGUUUCUCUUGAUUAUAG